AUGGCUUCGUUGUUGCCGUUGCUGUUGCUCGCAGCAUUGCCGAACGCUCGAUUAGAAUCAGCGAUCAAUCCAGUGAGUAGCGUGGGCUCUGUAUCGAGCGGUUCCUCGUCAUCCUCUUCAUCCGCCUCCUCGUCGUCGAUGGUGGGCGUCGUGUCUGGCAGUGGCUCGGCUUCUGGGAGCAUGGUAGGGUCUGGAAACAGCGUGGUUGGGGGUGGCGGCGGCGGCAGCGGCGUUGGACACUCGUCUCUGAGCGGCGGAGCGGCUAAUGGAAACGGCAGAUGCGAGGAGAUCACGAUACCGAUGUGUCGAGGAAUCGGGUACAAUCUGACGGCGAUGCCGAACGAAUUGAACCACGACAAUCAGGAAGAGGCUGGUUUGGAGGUUCAUCAGUUCUGGCCGUUGGUAGAGAUCAAAUGUUCGGUAGAUUUGAAGUUCUUCCUUUGUUCCAUGUACACGCCGAUCUGUUUACCGGAGUAUACGAAACCUCUGCCGGCGUGUAGAAGCGUUUGCGAGAGGGCACGAGAGGGUUGCGCGCCGUUGAUGCAACAGUACGGGUUCUCGUGGCCGGAAAGAAUGGCGUGCGAAAGAUUACCGGCUCACGGUGAUCCGGAAAAUCUGUGUAUGGAGCAGGACAAUCAUACGAGCAGCACUGGAUACGGUUCUGGUAACGGAGGAGCUGCAAGUAGCGCUCCGUUACCAGCCGCGGCGCCACCGCGUCCGACGAGGCCGUCGAAGACGAUCCAACCACCGCGGUGCAAGCCAGGCAAGAACCAAAAAAACUGCCAACAUCCCCCGGGGGACAGGGCGAGGGAAUGCGCGUGCCGGUGCAGGGCACCCCUCGUACCCCUGGGGGCGGGGGGCACGGUCAUUCCGGGACCGAUAAGCGGCAGCAGCACCGGCAGCAUAGGCAGCGGGGCUGGUCUGGCGGGCAUGGCCGACAUUGCCGGAGUACCGAAUUGCGCACUCCCGUGCCACGGGGCGUUUCUCACCCCCGAAGAGCGCGGCUUCGCGGCCGUUUGGCUGGCUCUGUGGAGCGGCCUGUGCGCCGCAAGCACACUCGUGACCGUCACCACGUUUCUAAUCGACACCCAGCGCUUCAAGUAUCCUGAGAGACCGAUAGUGUUCCUGUCGGCUUGCUAUUUCGUCGUGUCGGUCGGCUACCUGUCGAGGAGCGUGUUCGGCCACGAGGAGAUCGCCUGCGACGGACCGGCGCUGAAGUCAGGAGCACAGGGCCCGGGAGCUUGCGUUACGGUUUUUCUAAUGAUCUAUUUCUUCGGCAUGGCGUCCUCGGUAUGGUGGGUGAUACUGGCGUUCACGUGGUUUCUCGCGGCGGGGUUGAAAUGGGGGAACGAGGCGAUAGCCUCGUACUCCCAGUACUUUCAUCUGGCGGCAUGGCUGGCGCCUACGGUGCAGACAGUCUCGGCGUACGUGGCCGGGGGAGUAGCUGGGGAUCCGGUCGCGGGGGUUUGUACGGUAGCGCCGGAAGGGGUACGGUCGUUCAUUCUGGUACCGCUGUUCGUUUACCUAUUACUGGGAACGAGCUUCCUUCUGGCGGGAUUCGUCAGCCUGUUCAGAAUUCGUUCGGUGAUCAAACGGCAACCGGGAGCGAAGGCGGACAAACUGGAGAAACUGAUGAUACGUAUCGGCGUGUUCAGCGUUCUGUACACGCUUCCAGCUGGAGUGGUGUUGGCCUGUCACAUGUACGAGACCGCGUUAAGAAACGAGUGGCUCGCUUCGUUGGCAUGCCCAUGUCGAUCGAGGGCAAGACCUCUCUACUCCGUCCUGAUGCUCAAGUACUUCAUGGCGCUCGCGGUAGGCAUCACGUCAGGCGUGUGGAUUUGGAGCGGCAAAACCGUCGACUCGUGGAAACGUCUCUGGAGGCGCUUGUUCGGCGGAGGGAGCGCAGGAGGCGGUCACGGAGGCGGUGGCGCCGGUAUGGUAGCAGGCGUGACAGGCGUCAGCGGAGGCAUCGGCAGCACCAGCAUCAAGGGCGUCGUAGGGCGUGUAGGAGUGCCAUAUCCACCGGCACCGGGACCUGGCAGCGCUUUACUUCCGCCUGGAAGCGUGGCCAGCGCCUCUCAACAUCAUCUCCAUCAUCACGUCCUCAAACAACCCCCUCUGUCGCACGUAUGACGUCACCAGUCGGCGGGAGGCGACAUGAACACCGCUGGCUGCGAGCAGCAACAGCAACAACAACAGUCGGUGCAACAAGAGAGGCCUUCCGCCCUUAGUAACUACGGGCCCAUUUAGCCCUUCGCCUCGGCCUCGCGCAGGCACACGCCGCAUACAGCGCCGCAUACGGCGCCACAUACGCCACACUCCGCGGCCACCAUAUACUCGAGGAGAUCGCUGGCGUCGACUACGGGCCCGCUCACGCCAGCACACGGACUCGCGCCCUCUUACACCCAAGCCACCGAAGUAUAAAUCGAUUUAACCGAUAUAGCAAGCUCGAUGUCCCUGUAGCUCUAUGACGCUGAUUGAAAAACAAACGAGGAAAAGAAAGAAAGAAAGAAAAGGGGUCGAGGAGGGAGCGUGCGUAUUUUGGUACCGGCCGGCGUGUUGUGGCUCUAUUCACGACGCAUCGAAACUUCGUCGAUGACUCGCGACGGUGCUUCUCGAUUACCCGAUAUACGUAUUAACCCGUACGUGUCUUUGCCGCGGGUCUCGAGUCGUCUCACAUCCCCCCUGUCCCUCUUCGUUCAGUUUUACAUUCGAAAAUUCCACGGUGAAAUUCGUAAAUCGGUGAAUCGGUGUCUCGCGAGAAUAUUCUCAAUUCGAAUCGAAACGGAAACAUUACGCGCCAAUGGACGUAGUAACGGACCCUCGCAGCGUCGACACCAGA